CAAUUCCACUUUCUGUUUUCCAUCUUACGUUCUAAAUUGGCUCCUUAACUGAUGAAAAGUGGAUGCUCUUAAUGCCUGGAAAAUCAAAGUUGGCGGAUCCCUACAAUGUCCUUCAGAGCUGGGAUCCAACCCUAUUCAACCCCUGCACCUGGCUCCACAUAACAUGCAACAGUAACAACAGUGUCACAUGGGUGUACGGACCUGGGAAAUGCUAGAUUAUCAGGAGUUCUUGUCCCGGAGCUCGGCCUUCUCUCCAAUCUUGAAUUUUUGUAGGACCGUCUUCUAUUUUAUUUUUGUUUCUUUUGUGUAUCUAAGUUAACUACUUUUAACGUUCUUAAAUGAGAAAAUCCAACGUAAGGAAGAAAUAAACUAAGUUAUUUCAC